ACAUUAUAAGUCUCAUAGUGAGUGAAUUAUAAAGAUCUAUCGGCGAAGCUUUAAUAAACGUUUUGAUACGGUAGAGAUAAGGUUGCACGUGUAUACCUAUAGAAGAUUAAAGCGAAUUAAGCGAUAGCUACUGCUCGCAGUUAGAGUAUAACAUUUAUCGGAAGGCAAGGAUUCUGGUGUGCGCAUAGUUUUUUUGUGUGUAUAAUGCUGCUGCGAUUUUCGCUUUCAGGCAGAAUGCGAUAUUUAUUACUAUGGUGCUUUUUCUACGGUAUUUCUAUAGUAUUUUCUACCGAUGUAACGAGCCAUCCUCAUUGGUUGUUGCUGGAACACAGAAAAUGCGGUAAUUCCAACAGCGAUCGCAUUGUCGGUGGCAAAAAUGCCAGCCUUGGCGCGUAUCCUUGGAUCGCAAGAAUCGGAUAUAAUAAACUUGGUACCCAUGACGCAUUAAGCUACAGAUGCGGUGGGACCUUGAUCAAUCCACUGUACGUGGUCACCGCAGCUCACUGCGUGGUAAACCUGCCCGAAAAUUACAAAGUCGGUGGAAUCCGUCUGGGCGAGCACAACACUUUGACUGAUCCCGAUUGCGUACGCAAAUUUUGCGCGGAGCCGGUGCAAGAUUUCGUACCGAAAUUAAUAAUCGCUCACGAAGAUUAUAAUCAGCCGGUAUUUAAGAAUGAUAUAGCUCUAAUACGAUUAAACAAGCCGGCAAUUUACAACGAAUUCGUGAGACCGAUAUGUAUGAUAAGCGGUGAUCUUCUGAUGAAGAGCUUCAUCGGCGAAAUAGCGGAAGUCGCCGGUUGGGGGAUAUACGAUAUCAACGACCCAAAAGCCAGCACGAUCCUGCAGACGAUCAAGUUACCAGUCGUCGAAAUGGACAAGUGUGAGCAAUCUUUCAGGAGCUUUACGCAGGUAUCGGAACAGCAACAGAUGUGCGUGGGUGGCAUCUUGGGCGAGGACUCUUGCGGGGGUGAUAGCGGCGGACCUCUAAUGAAGGUACUGGAUGGACCUAGAUAUUACUUGAUCGGCAUUGUCUCCUUCGGUGCAAAGGCUUGCGGUGCCUCCAAGACACCUGCCAUCUACAGUAAAAUCGCUGCAUAUAUCACAUGGAUCCUACAACACAUUUCUGCCUGGAUGUCGACGUCAAUGUUGAUGUUUCUCAAGUUGCUGGCAUUGCUGAUCGUCAGUAUCAAUGCUCAAAGUUCGCAGACGGACUGCAGGGCUGAGGGCCAGGUGGGGGCGUGUAUAUCUGCGCGUGAUUGCCCGAUAGUCUCAACCAUCCUGCAACAAUCGCGCGAUCAAGCGAUCGCCUACCUGAGGCGCAAUCACUGCGGCUUCGACGGCAUGAAUCCGCUGGUGUGCUGCAUAGGCAACGCGAAUGUCAACACCCGUCCGGGCGGCGGCGUGACAAAUCCCGGAUCCAACUCGGGAUCGAAUCCGCAGCCGUCCGUAUCGCCACCCACCGAGAACACCCAAGUCGAUCCAUCCAGCAACCCUUUGCUGCCGAGCGACUGCGGCCGGGAUCUGUCGCAGAAGAUCGUGGGUGGCGAACGAACCGAGCUCGGCGAGUUCCCUUGGAUGGUGCUGUUGGAGUAUCAGAAACCUAACGGCAGGACGACAGCGUGCGGCGGUGUCCUGAUCAACAAGCGCUACGUCCUCACUGCCGCCCAUUGCAUCAAGGGCAAGGAUCUGCCGCCCACCUGGCGACUGAUCAGCGUCCGUUUGGGCGAAUACGACACCGACAGCGACUCGGACUGCGUGCCGGAUGGCCAGGACAGCGUGGUGUGUGCCGACGACCCCGUCACCGUAGGAGUGGAGGAGCAAAUCGCUCACGAGGAAUACCAGCCGCAGUCGCGAGACCAACGCUACGACAUCGCGCUGCUGCGUCUCAACCGAAACGUGGCGUCUACCACCUUCAUCAAGCCCAUCUGUCUGCCGUUCAACUCGUCGAUCACCGGCAAACUCACCGUAGCUGGUUGGGGCAAAACGGAAUCCCGUUCGGCGUCCAACGUCAAAUUGAAACUGGCGUUGCCACUGGCGGACAAGAAUGAGUGCAAUCAGAUCUACAGCAACGCCGGCGUCCGGCUGGGCUUCGGACAGAUGUGCGCGGGUGGUCAGAAGGGCAAGGACUCGUGUCGGGGCGACUCGGGAGGUCCCCUCAUGUCCGUGGAAAGGUCCGCUGAUGGCACCGGUAGGUGGGUUGCCAUGGGCGUCGUGUCUUUCGGACCGUCGCCCUGCGGCAUGCAAGGUUGGCCCGGUGUCUAUACUCGGGUGACAGACUUCGUCCCCUGGAUCGUUAGUAAACUGAGACCUCUGCAAGAAUUAAAUACUACAGAAAUAAUCAUGAAAUCCAUCGGAUUGUUCGUUCUUAUCGCUAUAACAAUCACCAAUGCACAGGAGCAUCAAUGCUCCGAUAGCCGUGCCACUUGCAUCAAUAUUCGUAAUUGUGCCAGUAUUAUAAAUAUUCUGAGGGAUAGUCCGAGACCACUUUCGGCACAAGUUUUGCAAAUGCUCAGAGAUACUCAAUGCGGCUUCCAGGGCAACGACCCGAUGGUUUGUUGUGUGAAUCAGCAACAAACUUUAAUACAAGUACAAACACAACCGACAACAUCAACCACAACAACGGUGAAACCCACAGAGGCACAGGAAACCGACGGCGUUAUUCCUCCGCCGGAUGUUACGAAUCAUCCAAACUUGCGUCUAUUGGAUCAUCAAAUAUGCGGACCUAUCACCACGCCAAGGGUGCUUGGUGGUAACAAGACCGGAGUCUUCGAGUAUCCAUGGAUGGCAUUAAUUGCGUAUGAUACUGGAAGAUCGACUCCGGAAUUCCGUUGCGGCGGCACAAUCAUUUCCAAUCGAUAUAUCCUCACCGCCGCUCAUUGCGUCACUCAACUUCCACCAGAUAUCAGAUCAUUAGCAGGCGUCAGGGUAGGAGAUCACGAUAUAAACAAGGAACGUGAUUGCGAUUACGACGAGAACGGACUUGAGAUCCAGUGCGCAGAGAGAUAUCAGGAUUUCGCUGUGGAAAGUUUCUAUUUUCAUCCCGAUUAUACGCGAACAAAAUUACAAAAUGAUAUCGCGAUUAUUAAACUGAACGACUCUAUAGACUUUAGGCCUCUGAGUGUCAAACCUAUUUGUUUGCCAUUCGGCUCUGCGGCAACAAUAAAUCAGAAAAAGAUGAUAGUGACCGGCUGGGGUGCGACGGAAUCGGGCCCGCGCAGUCAGGAUCUUCUCCAGGCGAAGCUGCCGUUGAUGACCAACGAGCAAUGCAAAAAUGCGUACAAGCGGUCGACGCAAAUCUGGUACAAGCAAUUGUGCGCCGGUGGUUUACGCAAUGUGGAUUCCUGCUUCGGUGACAGUGGCGGGCCUCUGCAAGCCCUCGGUAAAUACAAUGGCAACACAAUACGCACCAUUCAACAUGGCGUGGUCAGUUACGGAGUGAGGGAGUGCGGUACCGGGGGUAUCCCGGGAGUCUACACCAGGGUCGCUUAUUACAUGGACUGGAUCCUCGACACGAUGACGGACUCAGAUUGAUCGUGACAUUUGUUACGUUAAAAAUUCAUUCCAAUAAAAACUAUGGACAUUGAU